AUGGAGCCAGAACAAAAUCGGGACGAAAAAGUCUUAACUAAAUUGACGGAAAAAUUUAUCGCUUAUUUGCCCAGCAUUCUAAAAAAAACUAAUUUAGAUUUUGCCGAGAAAUUUCAUUAUUUGGCAAUGAGCAACUUAGGCAAUUUUAUUGAUUUUUUGGCACAAAUCAGCCAAGAAAUGCCUCGUCACAACAAACAAGCAAUUUUGGCUAGUGUCCAUUUGCCUCAAAGAUUAGAUUAUUUGUUAGAAAUACCUCCGAAAGAAAAUGAGCAAAAAUCCGUGGACAAGGACAUCAACAGUCGGGUAAAUAGCGAAGCGAAAAAAGACGAAAGAGUUUACCGAUUACGGAAAAUAAUUAGUGAAGCCCAAAAAGAACUCCAAAAACUAGAAGGUUCAGAUACUGGCAACUGGGAGCAAAAACAUUUACAAAGGUUAGAAAAAGAGCCCUUUCCUCAGGAAGUAAAAACGGUGGUUCGUGAACAAAUCGGACAAUUGAAAACCAUGCCUCCACAUUUUGGAGAAGCUCACAUUAUUCUUACUCCAGAAAAUCCGGACCUAGAACAAGCCAAAAAAAUAUUAGACCAAGAACAUUUUGGCUUAGAGAAAAUUAAAAAAACGAUUGAUACGCAAUUGGCGGUUAUUCAGCACACCGGUAAGGUCGCGGGGCGGAUUAUUUGUUUUGCUGGUCCGCCGGGAGUAGGAAAAACUUCCUUAGCCAAAUCCAUCGCUAAAGCCAUGGGGAGAAAAUUUGCUCGUAUUUCGGUUGGCGGAAUAAGAGAUGUGGCAGUAAUUUUAGGCUUUCGGCGAACUUAUGUUGGGUCUAUGCCAGGAAGAAUUAUUCAAGCAUUCAAAAAAGUAGGAGUAAAAAACCCGGUGAUUUUACUAGAUGAAGUAGACAAAAUUAAUAAUUUAAGUGGUUAUCAAGGCGAUCCUUCCUCGGCUCUUUUAGAGGUUUUAGACCCGGAGCAAAAUAAGAACUUUGUCGACCAUUAUUUAGAAAUUCCCUUUGACUGUUCCCAAGCCUUUUUCAUUUGCACCGCUAACUAUCUAUGGAAUAUUCCGAAAGCUUUGCGAGACCGAAUGGAAAUAGUUUCAUUAUCCUCUUACACCAGCAUUGAAAAGUUAGCCAUUGCCAAAAAUUAUCUUAUUCCAAAAAAUUUGGCAGAACAUAAACUAGAACCAUCGCAAAUUAUUUUUCUCGAACAGAGCAUCGAAUUCAUUAUCAAUCAUUACGUCAGAGAAAGCGGAGUGCGAGAAUUAAACCGCUUGAUUAAAAAAAUUAUUCAAAUUUUUAUUAAGGAUUUAGUGCAAAAAAAAGUCAAAAAACUACCAGUAAAAAUUACUCCCAAACUAAUUCAAAGUGAACACUAUUUAGGCAAAAUUAUUUACGAUUUUACCCGCAAAGAAGAAAAAUCCCAAACCGGUUUAGUCCACGGUUUAGCUUGGACAGAUGCUGGAGGCGAUAUUCUCUGCAUUCAAGUUAUUUGUUCCCAAGGAGAGGAAGAAAAAGGCAAAUUAACCAAGCCCACUGGUCAUUUAGGGGAAGUAAUGAAAGAAUCAGUGGAGGUAGCUUUUAAGUACGUCAAAAAAUACAUCACAGACAAUUACGAAAAAUUUGAAAAACUGGGGAUUAAUUUGAAAGUUUUGCGAAGUAGCGACAUUGAUAUUCAUGUUCCCGAAGGAGCUACUCCUAAGGAUGGUCCCAGUGCCGGCAUUACGAUAACGACGGCCAUUCUUUCGGCUUUAACUAAGCAAGCAAUUCCCAAUGACGUUGGCAUGACCGGAGAAAUUGACUUGCUCGGUAACGUACUCCCGAUUGGUGGUUUACGGGAAAAGGCGAUUGCUGCCCACCGUUCAGGUUUAAAAACGAUUUUUAUUCCCCAAAAAAAUGAGAAAGACCUAGAAGAAAUUCCUGCCGAAAUAAAAAAGGAUUUGACAAUUAUUUUAGUAAAGGAAUAUGAGCAGAUUUGGGAACAUUUGUUUCCCUCGGUACCUACUUCCGCCGCUGAGGAAAAAGCUUGUGUUUCUCCCGCUGCUUAA